AUGUUUAACUUCCUGUGCGAGCGCACCUUCAGCAAUCACUCGGACCAGGGAGUCGUGACGCUGCCGAAGAUAGCGCCCAUGGUUCAAGGCAUACUGCAGUCUGCAGGCCAGCCUGUAUCAUCAAGUGACCUCUACCAAGUUUGGACGCGACACUGUGAUCCUGAUAUGCACCAGAUGGCGCUAUCGCAUUUCAAGAGCUUCUUACGAGCUCUUCUCAAGCAAUAUGUGCACGGUGCCAGCGGACACCAGUGCCAAGACUCAGAACCCAGGGAGGUCGUGACACAAGCGAGUGCAGGUAGCACGUGGGCCAAAGUUGCCGAGCCACGCGAAGCUUUCAGCCAAACACCGCUGCGGAUGAACCAAAUGGUUGAAGCCGAAACACAGCCGGCAACUGCACCAAGCCAAGCCAGCCGCACAACAGAGGCCAUGGCAGCCCCAGAAGACACAGCUUCUCAGCCGGCAGCCCAACCCCAACCCACGCGCGCAAGGAACAGCCCGUUGCAUGGUCGUCCUCUUGGCCGGCCAAUGUCUGCUGAGGCGCGAGCGGAAGCACGAGCCGAGGCACGUGCCGAGGCACGUGCCGAAGCAAAGCGAAGUGCCAAGGCUGAGCCAGAGUCAGCCUUCCGACGUGCUCGAGCUCAUUCCCAGCCCAAGCCACGGAGGGCUUCUCCUGCAGCGCCAGUUGCAGUUCCAGAGGCAGCUACACCGAGCUCAGCGUCCUCGAUGUCUGCCCCAGCACCGCCGACUCGCAAAGGAAACGGGGCCGACAGCAAUACCGGUCACGUACCUUCCAGGCUCCCAGCAUCACCUGAAGAUGCACUCGCCAAAGCCUAUGCAGAGUUGCCAGACAGCCUGGAUUUCUCUGCGCUACAACCUGAAGUUGAAGACGUGGACAAGCUUUAUGUGAGAACAGGGUCUGGAGUUUUUACGUGUAUGAGGGAUGCGCUGCAAGAGAUGAGACGGCUGCAAGAUGAACUACAAGACGGCUUGUUCGUUGAUUCAAGCUUCGGGCCCACUGCGCAGCAUGCCUCUGUAAAAUCUGUUCCGCCCGUCAUCGACACCUUGCGGGACGUGAGUUGGCUCAGGCCUUGGGAGGUCUGGGACUCCUUUUCGUUUUGCGGUGAGCUGGCAGAGGUGAAGCUUGGGGUUUUCGGGGACGCAUGGUUUUUAGGUGCUCUUUGCUCUCUGUCGCUGCGGGAGUACUUGCUCUUUGGGCAUCAGUCUGGUGAGAAGCCACUGGGCGUUUAUCCUCGGCCGUUUUGGGACCCAGAGCUUCGCCGUCGUGGGCUAUACUGCUUUCGAUUCUCAAAGCAUGGCCGUUGGUAUUAUGUUCUGGUAGAUGACCGCUUGCCCUUCCGGCACAAGGAGCCGCUCUUCAGCCGAACGCAUGGGUUGGACAAAUCACCACAGACAUGGGCUGCCUUGAUUGAAAAGGCAUAUGCUAAACUCCACGGAUCCUAUUCUGCUUUGUCGCUUGGGUUUGUGGACGAUGCGUUGGAAGACUUGACUUCGUGGCCGACAGAGAAAAUCCAGAUGGCAAAGUUUGCAGGGAAGGUGGAGGUGGAUGGUGUUCAAGUGUCCGCUGACAAGGAUCCCAAUGAGCUCUGGCAAACGCUGCUGCGGGAAACGAGAACCAGGGCUCUUUUGAUGUGUCUUCGUUCAGAUUCCAGCAGCACUGGCGCGUCAGAACUGGUCCAUGUGGACCCUCGUUUGCUCGGAUUAGAAGCACGCAGUGAUGCAGGGCUUUUUUGCACUGGAGUGCAGGGGAACUGGGCAUAUCCCAUGCUGGCAAUGCAGGAGGUGGAGUUAGAGUCUGGAGUUUUUCAGGUCGUGCGGCUGCGAUCCUUCACUUCCAACCGAUGGUGUGGUCCUUGGAGCGAUCAGGACUUGGCCUGGAGUCAGGCUGGCGCGGCGGAUGUCGUAGAGGAGCUCCAAGUCGAAGGCUUUGCGGAGUUUCUACCUGCAUGUGGGCUGCGAGCUGGCGGGUCUGGCGUGCAUCAAUCCACGCUACGCCCGCAGAAGCUGUUGCAGGAUCUCGGUAAGGAUACGGCAGAGCCGCACGAUGGGACUUUCUUCAUGAAGUUCCCGGAUUGGCUCCACGUCUUUAGCCAUGUGCUUCUACAACAGCCGCAGCUUGAGGAAGACGGGUGGCAAAUGCGACGGGUACAGGGUGUGUGGACGCGCGAUUCCUGUGGGGGUACGCCCAUACCUGUCCAGCAUCCCGUCCUCGCAACGCCGGAGACUUGGGCUCGAAACCCGCAGUGUCGACUCACUGUCUCGCAUGGCUCGGACAUCGAGCUUUGCAUCACACUGCAUCAGCAAGAUGCCAGGCUCUCAUGUGAUCCGCGAACUUCAACCUUCCCAUACGAAGAGAAGUUGCAGCAGAUCUUCGUGUGCGUCAUGUGGUUGAAUAGUCCUGCUGAAGACUUGACCGUUUUCGACAAGAAGCGCAUUCUGCGGCACAAAGCGGCCAGCGCAGCGAGUUUAUUGAGCCGCAGAAGAUCUGUGUUUCUGCGGACGAGAUUACCUGGUCCGGGCAGCUACGCCAUUGUCCCUUCUACGUGGGAACCGGACCUGCAAGAAGAGGUGACUUGGCCGCAACAGUUGCCUUUCGUCUUGCUGAUCCGCUUGAAGUGCGUGUCGGACCAGUUCAGCCUGGAUGCUUCACCGGACCAGGGGUGGUGUCUGGAAAAGGAAGCUUUGCGCAGGUUUUGGGCAGCUGUGUAG